GCCACACGAUAUAUUAUCGUAGAUCGAUCUUUUUGAAAAGUUUGGGUUACCAGUUAUAUCGAUGAAUAUUUACUCGAUCUAUAAAUACACCAUUGGGGACACCCUAGGGUAUUUGUGCAUUGCAAAAACAUAUUCAUUUACUAGAACUAAGCAAUAUAAUUAAUAAUGGCUUCGAUACAACAAGCUGAUCAUGGCGUGAACCAAUUAUCCGACAAGGAGAAAGCAGCAAUCGGAGAGGCAAUGAAGGAGGCGGAGUCGUUGGCUAAAAACAUCAAAGAAAAGGCGGUGUACUCGAGCCAAGAUCAAGAGGUUUUGGUCACCGGAGUUGUGCAAAAUGUCAACUAUUCUAGAGAUCUAGAGUUUGAGAAAAUAACUUCAUGGACUGGAAAAUUCAUGGAUCUACCUCCUUCUAAGAUAGCUAGGAAAAAUGGUAUUGGUACGUUUGUGCACAAGGGUACUAGUAGUAGUGAUCUUCAUGUGUCAAACUCAAAAGGUGCAAUUAUAUAUUCCGCUAGUGCAUAUCCUGGUCUUGGAUGGCUCUUGGCUUGGGACAAAUCCAAUAAAUUUAACAAGGUGUACGUGGAAGCUGGGACUCUAACGAGGAUCAAAGAAAUACCGGAUUAUGUAAUUUUACAAAAACUAGAUGCAUCCGAUGAUAUGUGUCGAUACUGGGAUACCAAGACAGGUGCUUCAGCCUCUGCUCAAAUUAAUAACUAUGAUGAUUCCAUGGCUAUGAUUGCCGUCAGCUUUGAUCAGUUCGAGUGAUCUGUUCGAUCUUAUCGAUCUAUAUCAACAACUAAGAUGUGAUCGAUUAAAUGAUCUGUUCUCUCUAUAAAUUAAUUAAGGCACCUAUUAUUAUUAUUAUUAUUAUUAUUAUUAUUAAUUAGCCUUUUAUAUACUAUGUACUACGUAUAAUAUGUAUGUACAUGCACUAUGUAUAUGCUACUUAUAUAUAUAGUGAAUAAAUAAACAAGGCCAUGCCCUUUGGUUUUGUACUGCCGCA